ACACAAUGGUAAUUUUCUUCUUAAAACUGUUUUGUAAGGGAAAAGUUUCCAUCAAAACAUGAAACUAGGUAUAUCUACAUUUUGGGCAUUUUGUGUUGGCUAAUCCUAAGUAUUUUGUUGCCUAUUGUUAAUAAAUUGCUUAAGAAAAUCGCAGUGUUCCUUUUUUGUAAACCUAUUGCAAAAGUUGUUGUCAUCUACAACAGAGUUUAUGAAUGGGCUUUUCCACCGAUAGGGAACUAUUACCCACCGUGGGCAUACACUGGAUAAUUUGGAAUAAAGUUUUUAUGCCAAAGCAAGCGCCAGCCAUUGGGAUCGACCUGGGGACGACCUACUCGUGUGUGGGGGUGUUCCAGCACGGCAAGGUGGAGAUCAUCGCCAACGACCAGGGCAACAGGACCACGCCCAGCUACGUGGCCUUCACCGACACGGAGCGUCUGGUGGGGGACGCCGCCAAGAACCAGGUGGCCAUGAACCCCACCAACACCAUCUACGACGCCAAACGUCUCAUCGGCCGCAAGUUCACGGAUAAAACGGUGCAGGGUGACAUGAAACUUUGGCCUUUCAAGGUCGUGGAGUCUGAAGGUCGGCCGAAGAUUGAAGCGGAAUACAAAGGCGAGAGGAAGCUCUUCGCUCCGGAGGAGAUCAGCUCGAUGGUGCUGACCAAGAUGAGGGAGACGGCCGAGGCGUUCCUGGGGCAGCGAGUGUCGGAUGCCGUCAUUACGGUGCCGGCCUAUUUCAACGACUCACAGAGGCAGGCGACCAAGGACGCUGGCGCCAUUGCCGGUCUGAACGUGCUGAGGAUCAUCAACGAACCAACCGCCGCAGCGCUGGCGUAUGGGCUCGACAAGGGCAUGAAAGGGGAGAGAAAUGUCUUAAUUUUCGACCUGGGUGGCGGUACUUUUGAUGUCAGCAUUUUAACCAUCGAUGAGGGCUCGUUGUUUGAGGUGAAAGCGACAUCUGGCGACACCCACCUGGGAGGGGAGGACUUUGACAACCGUCUGGUCAGCCAUUUUGUGCAGGAGUUUAAGAGGAAGCACAACAAGGACAUGAGCGGCAGCGCCAGAGCCAUCCGCCGUCUGCGGACAUCCUGCGAGCGCGCCAAAAGAACUCUGUCCAGCAGCACUGAAGCCUCCAUCGAAGUCGAUUCUCUCUUUGAAGGAAUCGACUUCUACACAAAAAUAUCGCGAGCCAGAUUCGAAGAGCUGUGUAUCGAUCUAUUCCGAUCAACGAUCCAGCCGGUAGAGACGGCCCUAAAAGACGCCAAGCUGGACAAAAGCAAGAUCCACGAGGUGGUGCUGGUGGGGGGCUCUACCAGGAUCCCCAAGGUGCAGAAACUUCUCUCGGAUUUCUUCAACGACAAGGAGCUCAACAAGUCCAUCAACCCGGACGAGGCCGUGGCCUACGGGGCGGCCGUGCAGGCGGCCGUGCUGACUGGCGACCAGAGCCAGGCCAUCAGGGACGUUCUCCUGGUGGACGUGGCGCCCCUCUCCCUGGGGAUCGAGACCCACGGCUCAGUCAUGUCCGUGCUGGUCAAGCGAGGCACAACGAUCCCCACCAAAACGUCUCAGCUCUUCUCGACCUACGCAGACAACCAACCCGGCGUUGAUAUCCUGGUCUUCGAGGGCGAGCGCUCAAUGACCAAAGACAACAACCUUUUGGGGACGUUUCAACUGAUGGGGAUUCCCCCCGCGCCCCGGGGGGUGCCUCAGAUCGAGGUGACGUUUGAUAUCGACGCCGAUGGCAUCCUGAACGUGACAGCCCUGGACAAGACCACGGGCAAGUCUAACAACAUCAAGAUCAAGAACGAGAGGGGGAGGCUGACGCAGGCGCAGAUCGACAAAAUGGUGGCCGAUGCUGAACGCUACAAGGCCGAGGACGAGAAACAGCGCGAGCGGGUCGAGGCCAAAAACCGCUUUGAGAAUUAUAUUUUUAGUGUCAAGCAAGCUGUGGAAACGGUGGGGGAGAAACUGUCAAAAUAGGAUCGCAACACGGCCUUGACCGCACACCAUAUUUUAGCCAUCCACACACCACAUUUAACCGUCCAUACACCACAUUAGCCUACGAUAGUUGAGCGAUACUUAGGCCUACAGCUACAAUAAAUAAAAAGUUCAUGCACAUUAAUGACCAUCAAAUCUAGAAUGAGCACGUAGAAUAUUUGGCUCAACUUGAUUCAUCUACUGAACGCUAAAAAGAAAGCAAGUUCUCUUUUUUUUUGCUAAUUUAAAAAAAAAUGUCACUGUGAUUAAAAACUAUAAAAUAUUUGA